CCACAAAACCACAUCCAAAACCACUCCCCAUAACACCACGCUCACCAUGGGCUGGCUCUGGAGCAGCGACGCGCCCCCAAACGGGCAAGAGAACCUCGACCCCACCCUCCGCGACUUCCUCAAAACCGAAGCACCCACAGGACCAAAACCCACACUACCCUCACAGCCAAAACAAAAGCCUGUCGAAACACCCACACAACCACAAUCACAAACACAAGCCCAAACACCAACCCCCACCGACCCCACGAAGCCAUACGUCCCCCCACAGUCCCAGUUCCAAGAUGGCCGCUACGCGCACCUCUGGAAAAACUACACGCCGCAAACCACCAUCGACGACCGGGGAAAAUCCGAGCAAGACCGCCUGCGCGACCUAGUCGACACCUACAAUGCGCGGCAAGGCAGUGUAGGGAGAGCGGCGAUGGAAAACUGUGCGCUAGAGUACAUGGAGCAGUUUGAGUGUUUCCGCAACCCAUCCAGCUGGUGGUCACGGGGGACAAUGUGCCACGCAGAAUCCAUGCGGUUCAAUCGCUGCUACGACGUGCAGUCCAAGUUCAUGAAAGCCCUCGGGUACUUGACGAUGGAUGCGCGCACCCCUGACGAGGAUGAGAGGAUCCAGAUGCACGCGGAUAAACUGUACCAGCAGAUGAUGGCGCAGGAAGCUGAGAUGGAAAAGGCUAGGGAGGAGGGCCGUCCCGUACCUAAUUUCGACAGCGUGCUGUCUAAGCGCAAGGCAGCAGCAUCUUCAUCAUCUACACAAGACGAAACCGAACUAUGGAGCCAGAUCAAGCCCGAAUCCCGCAAGGAAUACGAGCGCAAACUCGCCGAGCUACCCCCUGAAGACCAGGAGUUCGAGCGUCUGGCCAUGCUGGGCGAGCUGCGUGCGCAGACGGGCAUGGCGAAGAAAGUCGAGGCUACGUUUCUGUCUGAGCGUAUGGAGCGCAUGAAGCGCAAGGAGGCUGGGCAGGCGACGCUGGGGGAUACGAUUAAGAAUUGGUGGGGGUGGGGAUGAACAUUCAAUUAAGAUGGACUUGUGUCAUGCAUAUGUCAUGUGUGUUUUCUUGUGGAAAGGUGCAGUUUUAAAUGGUGAUGUGAUGAUGGUUUGAGAUGUGUGACUUUGUGCUAGUUCAGUUCUGUUCAGUUCAGUUCAGGCCGUUAAUGGCGUUUAUACGCUUGUGUUUUCCACGCUGGGAUUUGUUCGUUCUGUACUCCUGAACGCCGAGAAAAGAUAUGAAGGUAUGAUGGGAGAAUAUGCAACUGGGUCAUGUCGCUAGGAUCCUGGGCGCUGGUUAGCCGUUCUGUGCGGUUUGUUGUAGGAUAGAGAGUACACUGUGAUGAAAAUGGUAAUGAGAUUUGUUCGAACGUACCGGA